AUGGUCGCCAUGCAGGUCACAUCUCUUCUUCUCAGCGCUGGUGCGCUCGCGUACGCAGCACCUUCGAGCCUUGAUGCUCGUGCGGGUUGCACGUUUUCUGAUGCGGCUGCUCUCGCCAGUGGCAAAGCAUCUUGCUCAGCCAUUAUCAUCAAAGACAUGACAGUUCCAGCGGGCACGACCCUUGACUUGACCAAGCUCAAGGACGGUACAACAGUCACCUUCCAGGGAACGACUACCUUUGGCUACAAGGAGUGGGAAGGCCCGUUGAUCUCAGUCUCUGGCAACAGCAUCACUGUUACCGGAGCUACUGGCCAUCUCAUUGACGCUGCUGGUGCCAAGUGGUGGGACGGAAAGGGCAGCAAUGGAGGCAAGACUAAGCCCAAGUUCUUCUUUGCACACUCCCUAACAUCCUCUCGCAUCACCAACCUCAACAUCAAGAACACUCCUGUUCAAGGCUUCUCCAUCAACCAAGCCACCAGCAUCACCCUCGACCAUAUCACCAUCGACAACUCUGCGGGUGACGUAGCGAAUGGCGGCCACAACACCGACGCCUUCGACGUCGGUAGCUCGACUGGCGUCACCAUCUCCAACGCCAACAUCAAGAACCAGGACGACUGUCUCGCAAUCAAUUCCGGUUCGGAUAUCACCUUUACUGGUGGCAUCUGCAGUGGAGGUCACGGUAUCUCGAUUGGCUCCGUAGGCGGCCGCUCCAACAACAUCGUCAAGAACGUAAACAUCCUCAAUUCUAGCAUCUCCAACUCGGACAACGGCGUGCGCAUCAAGACCGUCUACGGUGCAACUGGGUCUGUCAGCGGCAUCACCUACAAGAACAUUAAGCUCUCGAACAUCGCAAAAUACGGCAUUGUGGUUGAGCAGGAUUACCAGAACGGUAGCCCGACUGGCACACCUACUGCUGGUGUGCCGAUCACCGGUUUGACGAUCCAGGAUGUCACGGGAACUGUUGCGGCGAAGGGCACGAAUGUGUACAUUCUUUGUGCUAAGGGUGCUUGCUCGGGCUGGACAUGGGCUGGCAACAGCAUUACUGGUGGUCAGAAGAGCUCUAAGUGCUUGAAUGUCCCUGCUGGUGCUUCUUGCUAA